AAGUUAGUACCAUCUGCAUGACAAAUCUCGUCACUGCGACCGAUGAUCGCUCUUGAUGACCUUUCAAGAUAAAUAGGAAGCACGAUAAUAAGGUCAUACAUAAAUCCUACGGGUUGAAUGGUUCGCGGAUGGAAGUCGUGACGUUAGCAACCUUUCGAUGCCGUUUCGACUGAAUAUAUGUUUUUAAUCAUAUAGAACGUUAGACUCUAAAUUGAAAAUACUUUAUGUUGAUGGGUUUCUCUCAAUCCGGGUGGAAUUUCAUCUCAUUCCGUUCUGCUCGUUAACUACCUAGCCAACUUGCUUCUGGCCAGCAAUGCAGGUGUAAAUUAAUUUGAAAGUAAUUAGCGUUUACAUUAGCACGUGAAUGGCUAAUUAUAUUUUCAAUAACAUCAAAUACGAGGAUAUUUUUGGCAGAGGAAUCACGUCCAAAAAUUUCAUAUUUAUCUAAAACUCUGGCCAAUCAAUUUGUCAAUUAUACUACUUUUUUGGCUUGCAAAAAACUGUUCGCCACCGUUGGUUAUUAAUGUAGCGAGCUAAUCACUUGAUUAUUUGAACAACAGAUUAUUUUGGCCUUUCGCAUCCUGGUCAAAACUAGCUUGAUAGCAGCCACCUGCGUUAGCUACAUUUAUUUUAUCACAAAGUCAGGAUAAUAAAAGUUCAACCAACCAUGAGGGAGACCAUCAAUGCUGUGAAUCAUCAGCAGGCUAGCAAACUCCUACACAACAAGUUUGUGGUCGUCUUGGGGGACUCCAUUCAGCGCUCAGUGUAUAAGGACAUUGUACUUCUGCUGCAAAAGGACAAAUAUCUCAGCUUGGUUCAGCUCAAGAGUAAGGGAGAGAUGAGCUUCGAGCAGGACGUCCUUGUAGAGGGAGGGCGAAUGGGUCAGAUGACCAACGGGACAGAGUAUCACGAGGUGCGUCAGUUCCAAUCGGACCAUCACCUGGUAAGGUUCUACUUCCUGACCAGGAUCUUCUCACGCUACAUGCAGAGCAUCCUGGACGACUUUGAGCGCGGACUGAAACCAGAUGUUGUCAUUAUUAACUCCUGUGUCUGGGAUGUUUCUAGAUAUAACUCUAAGUGGCAUGUUGAGUACAAGGAGAACCUACACAAGUUCUUUGAGAAGAUAAAGUUGGUCUUGCAUCCUGAAUGUAUAGUCAUGUGGAGCAUGACCAUGCCCCUAGGGAAGAGAAUCGUGGGAGGCUUCCUGGUGCCAGAGGUGGAAGAGAGAGGGCCGACGCUGCGCUACGACGUAAUCGAGGCCAACUUCUACAGCUGCCAGAUUGCCGACGCCUACGGCCUGGACGUCCUGGACCUCCACUUCAAGUUCCGUUUCUCCCUGCAGCACCGCAUGAAGGACGGUGUCCACUGGAACGCUGUGGCCCACCGACACAUCACCUCGUUGCUGCUGCAGCACAUUGCCCAGGCCUGGGGCGUGGCUCUGCACUGCCCUGUCACUACAGUGGAAACCAUCAGCCAUUCAGAACAGCCGCAACUCCAAGCCUGCUCAAACAACAUGGUUGAGAACAUGGCACGACACAGCUGGCGCUUCCCAUCGGUGCCUCGUUACAGAAUACCAGACCUCCGGACGAUAAACACUGAUCGCUUCAGGGGAUGCUGGCGAACAGACUCUUUCAGUCCAUAUCACCGCUACUGGCCUCAGGCAGAACACUUCAGUCAUAGUGCAACAGACUGGCAGCCAGCCAACUCGGGCGUUCAACGCUACAGGCCUAGGGAAGGGUUGUACAAUGGCUACAAGCAGCACUUCUACGAGGACACUCUUCCUGACUCUCCCAAGUUUGGCAUUGGCUACUUGAAUUUCAAGGAUAACCAAGCCAAAUGGCACGACCUGCGCAAUGGACCUCGGGCUGCCCCUGCACACCACAGACUGAUGGACCACAGAUUCAUCGAAAAUGGUGAACAAAUGCAAGCAGUGCUGCAUAAUGAAGCCUACCGCCCCAGACCCUAUGUAGACCCUCCUGCCUGUCCGGAGAGCCGGUAUGUGAUGAGGAAGAAACCAUCCAAGAAGCACUACGCCCCCUACACCCGUCAGAGACCCCACGACUACUGCAGAUAAUUACUGGGAAGCCGCUGUGUUUCGUUACAUGGGCUGUACAGACCGUUCCUGACCAGAACCUAGAGUUUCUCCUGGUUACCACAAGAUGGUGGUGAAGGAAAAUAACUUGUGCUGUGUAAAGGACAAACCCAGGACCCUGUGUAUAGGGUAGAACCGCAAUUCACUGUACGGCACUCAUCUAAACUCCACUGUGUAAAGUGUCUUCCAAAAACUCUUAAAUGAUGGUUUCCCAAACCUGGGUAGUGACUAUUUCUAGAGGUCUCUGUCUUUUGCUCUUCAAUUCUUACACAGUGAUUAAUUUUAAGUCAUGUUCCAUGUUAUUUGAAAUUGUUGAUUCUGAUUGUUUUGUCUGUCACUGUGAGAUUGGGUUGGUUAUAGAAGUUAGAAACCCUGGAGAAGUGCAGUGGCAUGCUGAAGCUUUUUACAUGAAUACAAUAAAAAUUAUGCUGAUUUAACGUU